UUGGCUUCUGUCCCUGGUGACUGGCCAUCUGAGCUGAACCUGGACGCCCCCAACAAAAGAAAAGACUCUGAGAUAGAACUGGGUUAAACAGCUCCCAUUACACCAAGGCUGUGUUUUCAGGGUAAUAAGCUAUGAUGCUCAUUUCCUGUAUGGAAGGAGACAGGGAGGAGGAAAGAGAUCAGGCAAGCCAGCCUGCGGCAAACACACGUUCCUGAAAAGACUGCACCUUAGAGCCUGUAGAGCUACUGAACUGGAGACGGUGAGGACAAGAAGUGCUUCUGUGCAGUUCACCUAGGAUUGCCUUUGGUUUGGUUUCUAACCAGCUGAACCACCCAACUCAAAAUGAACGCUCCAGAUUCCUCCUCGCUUCUCAGCGCACUGGGCGAGUACCACAACAUGUCCGAGCUCCACCACCUGCUCAAUGACACUUUCAUCUAUUGCGACUUGGGGCUGGAUCAUAAUGUGAAGCGGGUCUUCCUCUUUGUCCUGUACCUCAUCAUCUUUGUGGUUGGACUGGUAGAGAACCUCUUGGUCAUCUGGGUCAACUGGCAGACUCGAGGUCAUAGGAACCUGGUCAACGUCUACAUCUUGAACAUGGCCAUCGCUGACCUAGGGGUCAUCCUCUCCUUACCCAUCUGGAUGCUGGAAGUUAUGCUUGAUUACACCUGGCUCUGGGGAGGUUUCCUUUGCCGCUUUACCUACUACUUUUACUUUGCCAACAUGUACAGCAGCAUCUUCUUUCUCACUUGCCUCAGCAUUGACCGUUAUGUGUCCUUGACAACUUCUUCCCACUUCUGGCACCAAAACCAGCACUGGGUGAGACGAGUUGCCUGUUGCUGUGUAUGGGCCUCUGCCGCCAUCAUCCCUUUGCCCGAGGUGGCACACAUGGAGGUAUUGGACUAUAUCGAGCCACUUUGUAUCUUCAUAGCCCCUUUUGAGACCUUUGACACGUGGGCAACAGUGAUCACCCUACUGACCAUCAUUCUGGGAUUCGCCAUCCCCUUCCCCAUCAUUGCAGUUUUCAACAUACUGACUGCCAGACACAUCAAACGUAGCAACAAGCCAGACAGCAGAAAGCACUGCGCCCUCAUCUAUGCCUACAUCAUUGUUUUCCUGAUCUGCUGGCUGCCAUUCCACCUGGUUUUGAUCAUAGUCUCUUUUGACGGCAUCCACAUCUUAGUCCAAUGCUACUUGGCCGAUUUCAUCUACUUCUUCUACGACAUCAUAGACUGUUUCACCUUGGUCCAUUGUGUGGUCAACCCCAUCUUGUACAACUUCCUGAGCAAGAACUUCCGAGGAAAGCUGAUUUCUGCUGUUGUCAAGUACAUCCCCAAAGACCAACCAGGUCAGAAGGAUGGAGAUGGAUCCUCCUCAAACACCCAACACUCCAUUGUCAUUGCAAAAGAAAAUAUCUCACCAAGUUAAGCAAUGGUUCUGGCUGCUCUCCUUCCAUUUUGUUUCUGUUGCUUGAUAGCAAGACUUCGCAUAUUUGGAAUUGUCUCUUUCCAGUAAUGCGCAGACAAUAAAUAUUGCUUCCUUCA